AUGGCUGCCAGACUCCUGCUCACUCGCGCAGGGCGCCCCCGUGCGUCGCUGUCAGCUCUUCAGCUCUCUUUCCGGCCAGCAACUCGCUCUGGUUUUUCCCGCUUUGGUGCUUCGCCCUCCGUCGCGCUGCAGCCACCCACUCGUUGUGAAGCAUUCGCGUCUUCUGGUAAUCAGAGAUCGUGGCUCAGUACGUCCCCAUCGCCUUCGUUGCCUCACAUCAAGCAAAGCAAUGAAAAAGACAAGUCUGGUGUUUUGCAACCCAAGGAGGACGCAUUUCGCAUGGAGAAGGACACGUGGGCCGAGCGUCACGCUCCGGAGUGGAUGCUUCCAUACAUCCAGAUUGCGCGCAUUAACCGCCCGGGUCCAACAUUUAUGCUGUUAUGGCCCUGCUUCUGGAGUAUCGCCAUGGCCGCCCCCGCGGGUCAAUUGCCGGAUCUGAAGCUCUUGGCGCUCUUUGGCACUGGGUCAUUUAUUAUGCGUGGUGCUGGAUGUACCAUCAACGACAUGUGGGACAAGGACUUUGAUAAGCAGGUGGAACGCACUAACAAGAGACCGCUGGCUGCGGGAAAGCUCACAUACCCUCAGGCAUGGGGCUUUCUUGCGGGUCAAUUGUCGGCGGGCUUAGCGGUACUGCUGCAACUUAAUUGGUACAGUAUCGCAAUGGGUGCUUCCUCGCUCGCACUCGUUGCCACAUAUCCGACGAUGAAGAGGUUUACUUAUUGGCCACAAGCAGUCUUAGGACUCACGUUCAACUACGGAGCGUUGCUGGGAUGGGCCGCGGUUCACGGAUCAUGCGAGUGGCCCGUGGUUUUGCCGCUAUACGCUGGUGGUGUGGCUUGGACGUUAGUGUACGAUACGCUGUACGCCCACCAGGACAAGAAAGACGACAUUAAGAUUGGUGUUCGUUCGACAGCUCUGCUUUUUGGCGACAAGACGAAGCCGGUGCUAAAUCUCUUCUCGGCUGCUACGAUCGCCGGGUUUGGCACUGCGGGAUACAUGGCUGGUCUAGACUGGCCGUUUUUCUUGGGGCUUACCGGAGGAGCUGCGCAUUUGGCGUGGCAAGUAAACACUGCUAAACUUGACGACCCCAUUAACCUUCAGGCACGGUUUGCUUCGAACAAAUGGUUCGGAGCACUUAUGUUUGCAUCUGUUGUGGCUGUGUACUUCUACGCUAUGCCCGAAUUGCACACGCUUGCACUGCGCAUGAGCACCGACGACAAGCGUUCUCUGCAGCAUGUUGUCGCUGUCAGUGACAGAAUCAAGUGUGUGGAGUGGAUGGCUGUGACAGCAGCAUUACACGGAGAGAAGGCCCUCCCUGCCAAAGCCAUCGAAGCCUUUCCAGCCUACUUCCACUCUGAUGACCGCCGCGUCAACCUGAACAAGAUCCAAGACUGGUGGAGCAAGCGCCAUGCUCUAGUGCAACCUGAGGGAGAGCGCUAG